UUCACUUAUUAGAUUCUGCAACCAAAUUUUGUUUACCAUCUCCAUCUCCAUGUCCGAUCAUUGGUUGGGUUUUUCCAUCCACCACCACCAUUCUUCUUCCAUGCCGGUUAUGCCUAUCCACCCUCAUCAAGAAUGGAGGUUUGAAAAUGGCGACGCUGCUCCAAAGCUAGAAGAUUUCUUGGGCGCCGCUUCUUACUCCACCACUGCACAACCGGAUGAAGCCGCUGCCGCUUCUUACUCCACCACUGCACAACAGGAUCAACCCGGUGCCACUAUCAACGUUAACAUAUCUCCCAACUCUCACUAUCGGGAAUAUCUUCUUACAGAUGAUGAUGAUGAUGAUGAUAUUGUGGAGUCUAGAGAUGCCACCGAUUGCUAUUUCUCUCCGCCUCCGCCUCCGCCUCCGCCUCCACCGCCGUGUCUGUUAUACUAUGGUUACCCUUAUUACACCACCGCCACCACAGACCAAAACCCACUUCCGAAUUGUUUGAUCCCAGCAACGACAAACGAAGUCGAUGUUGCAAUCCCUCCAAUAUCAGAGUUCAAAUCUUGGUUACGACAACCAUCACCUCCGCCGCCACCAUCAGUACAAACUAGUCGUGAACAACCCAACAACAACGAUUACCAAAAGUGUUUGUCACUGGCGGUGACACCACCGACCGCCAUCAUCUCCAUGCCAUCAGACUCUCCUACGGCGCAUACCCGGAAACGAAUGGUGCAGACGAAAUCAUCAACGAAAAACAGCAAAGCAGUAACAGUUGCUCGCAAAUCAGUCGAUAAUUUUGGCCAAAGAACUUCCCGGUAUCGUGGCGUUACACGGCACCGGUGGACGGGAAGAUAUGAAGCUCAUUUGUGGGAUAAUAGUUGCCGGAAAGAAGGUCAAACCAGAAAAGGUCGCCAAGUUUAUCUUGGGGGAUAUGAUCAAGAAGAGAAAGCAGCAAGAGCUUAUGAUUUGGCUGCUCUUAAAUACUGGGGUCCUACUACACAUAUCAAUUUCUCUCUAGCCAUAUACGAGAAAGAACUGGAGGAGAUGAAGAACAUGAGCAGGCAAGAAUUUGUUGCCAACUUAAGAAGGAAAAGCAGUGGGUUUUCGAGAGGAGCAUCCAUGUACAGAGGAGUCACAAGGCACCAUCAACAUGGAAGGUGGCAAGCUCGGAUCGGGAGGGUUGCAGGCAAUAAGGACUUGUACCUUGGUACUUUCAGUACACAAGAGGAAGCAGCGGAAGCUUACGAUAUAGCAGCCAUAAAGUUCAGGGGGACAAGUGCGGUAACCAACUUUGAUAUUAGCAGAUACGACGUGAAAAGAAUAUGCUCGAGUUCGACUUUAAUUGCAGGGGAGCUAGCAAAACGGUCCCCUAGCGCGCUGAUGGUCGAGGACCCUCUGCUUGCUAUAACAAAUGGUGAUGAGUUUGCGGACAUGGUAUGGGCUGGGACUUGCAACCAGGAAGAGCAAGCGAGUGCAAGUAACAUGGAGUCUGCUACCCCACAAGAAGAAGAGCCCAUGUGAGUUGCGUAUGGUGCAGGAUGGAAGUUAUUUCGGUAGAGGAAAUAGGAAAUUUUUAUUAUCGAACUUAAAAACAUAGAUACUUUGUCGGUCGUUUAAGCAAAAAGUCACCGUAGUCGGAAAAUUUUGAUAUUAUACAAGGGUGGUGUUAUAUCCGACUUUAUUCAUCAAGUUAAAAAUGUAAAAAAUGAGUUUUGAUAUUGAUGCGUGUGAGUAAAUAAUUUGUAUAUACGAGGGUGUAUUCUUGUAUGUAU